UAGUCACAAACAAGUCAUUAAACUGUGCCAAAAAAUAAAGUGAAAAUGAAUGGCAAUAUUCUAGUGUUCGUGCUAGUUUUUCUGGCUGUUUUCAAAGCUAAUUACGCACAAAAUGAAGUGUUAAGCUGCAACUAUUAUAUGACAAGCAACAGAUAUACUUGUGGACUUACAAUUCAGAACAUAAAUGGAUUCAACAAUUUCACAGUGAUAAGUGGAACUCACAUGGUGAAUAAGACUAAUGCGGAUGUUCAAGAGAUUUCAAGUGUUUCUGGUUCCAAUUCGAAGAAUGUUCCAUCAAUACUUUGUAAUUCAUUCCAAAAUACAGUUAGGAUUGGGCUUACAAAUAUGCAAAUACAGACUGUUGACGCUAAUGCCUUUAGAAAUUGUAAAAAAGCUAAUUACUUGUCGCUGUACUACAACAAAAUCACACAAAUUGAUGAAAAGGCAUUCGAAGAAAAUAAAGAACUUCAAACUUUAUAUCUGUACUAUAAUCAGAUUCCAGCAUUACAUGAAAAUAUCUUUGACAACCUUGAAAGACUUACCUCACUGUAUUUGGACAGCAACAAAUUAUCGGAUUUACCAAAAGACAUUUUUGAUAAUUUAAAAAAUUUGAACACUUUGAGCAUUCAAAGUAAUCAACUCCAAAUUUUAAGAAAGGAAUGGUUUGAAGAGCUUAAAUAUUUGCGAACUUUACAAAUUAACUCAAAUCAAAUCCAAAUUCUUUCAGCUGAGGUUUUUGAGCCACUUAUUAACUUACAAUCUUUAUCUGUGGGAUCUAAUAAGAUAACCAAUAUUACCAACGAUUUCUUUAAACCCUUGAAAAGCUUGACUUAUCUUUAUCUGCACAGUAAUCUAAUUGCAGAUCUUCCACUAAAUGUUUUCGAUCCUUUAGUCAAACUGCAAACUUUAUAUUUGGGUUCCAACAAGCUGUCAAGUUUAAAUAUUAGACUUUUUGAACCAUUAUCAACUUUAUUGAGUUUGAAUUUGCAAUCAAAUCAAAUUGUGGAUAUUCCAUUUGAUGUAUUUACUCCAUUAUUAAGCUUGAAAACUUUAGAUUUGAGUUACAAUCAAAUCUCAAAUCUUACUUAUCUCUUAACGCCAUUAAGAAAUUUGACUGAAUUGCAAUUAACUAAUAAUCAAAUUGCAGAACUUCCAUCAUACAUUUUUGAACCAUUAGGAAACCUUCAAUAUUUAUCAAUUGGCUAUAAUAAAAUCGUAGAGCUAACAGAUUCUGUUUUUGAUCCAUUAGUCAAUUUGUAUUCAUUAAAUUUAAAUUAUAACAAUAUUACGGUUCUGCCAGACAAUAUCUUUACUCCUUUAAAGAAAUUAACACAGCUACAACUUAAUGGCAAUCAAAUCUCUGAAAUUCCAACUGGAACAUUAGACUCAUUGACUAAUUUAAACUACUUAUACUUAGACAACAAUCAAAUCAAGGAGCUUGAUUCAAGUAUUUUCAAUAAAACUGUCAAUUUAUAUUAUUUGACUUUAAAUUCAAACAUUUUGUCAAACUUAUCUUCGGCAAUUUUCGCAAACAAUGGCAGAUUGCAGAACUUAUAUUUACAAUCAAAUCAAUUCGAGACUUUUCCAUUGAACAUCUUCAAUCAGCUGACUACUUUGUAUACCUUAAAUUUACAAACAAAUAAAAUAACAAAUUUAGAAAUUGAAUGGUUUGAGCCACUAAGAAAUCUUCAAAGUCUUUAUUUAAAUGGGAAUCAAAUUAAGGAGCUUCCGGAAAAAAUAUUUAGUCCGUUGAUACAAUUAAGAUACCUCUACUUGUACAGCAAUCAACUCAAAGUUAUACAUUCUGAAUCAUUUGGAAAUCUGUCGAAUUUAAUUGAAGCUCAUUUGUACAGCAAUCAAAUUGAUGCUAUUGAUGAAGCAUUUAUUAAUAAAACUGGAGUAUCACGAAUGGAUGUAAGAAACAAUCGAUGUGCUAAUAUUAACAUUCAAGACUCUUCACCAUCGAGACAAGCAAUGAGAGAAGCUUUGGCUAAAUGCUUUGAAAAUUAUCUCAAUUGGACUCCAGAAACCACAACAACCUCAACAACAGUUUUCACAACUGAACAAACCUUACCUCCUGGAUGCAGUGGUGCUAAUAUUUACGAGAGAGUCUGCAAUGUUGAGGAUAAAAUUGAAUCACUGUCAGAAUUGUCAUCAGAAGUUGAAAAUCAUAGCUCAUUGAUUGCCGAGAUCCAAGAUGAAAACAAGCAACUUAAAGAUGCACUUGAGGAAUUGUCGAAUCAAGUUCUAAUCUUAUCUACUCGUCCGUGCUCAUGUCUAUAGAUUUAAUAAUAAAAUUUGACAAAACUUAAAUUUGCAUUCACAAAAAUAUAAAAUUUGAAGUCAUUUUAAUGCAAAUAUGUAGUUCAUGUAUCUUCAAUAAAUGUUUGUGCAUUUAUGUGGCGUCCACCAUUUAUGAUGAUUGCCUUUUUGUGAUUGCGAUAUGCCAGCAAAAAGUAAAUAAAUAAAUAAAUUAAAUUCUUCUUUUAAUUCCUUUUUG